GGUGAUCCUUUGCUGCAUUGAAUUAGGCAAAUCUUAGCAUUCAAUGGUUAUGAUAAAAGAAUUAGAAAAAAGUAACAUAUUAAACCAAUUAGAUAUGAUAAUCAAAUGACAAAUUGUUUGGGAGAAUUUGAACUUGAUUCUUAAAUGAAACAAUUUUUUGUGACCCUAUAUUUUUUUCUCACUCACUUCACCGAGACCGAUUUUCUGCUUAGGUUUCUUCUUCUUCUUCGUGAUUUUCAGCUCCAAUCUCCAUGGCUGCUGCUUCAAAGAAGAAGGUAAGUACUUCUGUUUCUCACAUUCACGAUGACAUUGCUUUCUCCAUUCUCUCUAAAUUGCCUAUUAAAUCUCUCAAACGUUUUACCUGUGCUAAAAAAUCAUGGUCACUUUUAUUCCAAAACCCUAAUUUCAUGAACAUGUUCCGCACCAAUUUCCUCAUUUCCAAACACCAUGACGAAGCUGAGAUCCGUCUCCUCAUAUUGGAACGGUCAGGGUUUCACAUUCAGCAAUCUCUUUCCAUUCUUUCUGGUGAAAGGUUUGAAAUUAGGGCUAAUUUAGAUUGCCCACUUCCAUUUCAACAAGACGCCAAUGCCGAUGCUCCUCCUGCUAUUUUCAUUUUGGGUUCUGCUAGUGUUAAUGGCACUCUUUGUCUAUAUCAAAAGUUAACGACUGUGUUAUGGAACCCUACAACCUCAGAAUUCAAGAUCAUUCCUCCUAGCAUUCAACCGGUGGAAAACAAGCUUCCUCCUCAUGGGUUUGGUUAUGACUGUGUUACGAAUGAUUUUAAGGUGAUUCGGAAGCUUAGAGAUCCCAUAGAAUUUGAAGGCAAGUUGUAUGAACCUUUUUGGGAGAUAUAUAGUCUCAAAAGUGAUUCUUGGAGGAAACUUGAUGGAUUUGAUGAUAUGCAUGUUUCUUACACAGGUAGGUAUAUGGUGAACUUGAAUGGAUUUUGCCACUGGUUUACCGAAUUACAUGAUAAUGAUAUAGUGUCAUUCAACUUUAGCAAAGAGACAUUCAUUGCAACUACCUUACCUUCUUCAGAUGUAAAAUAUAGAUCAUACAACUUUCACUUGGUGGAGUUAAACGACUCUCUUUCUGUCAUAUUUAAUUAUGACAGGACGCCUGAUUUUCAUAUAUGGGUUUUGGGUGAAGUGGGUAUCAAGCAAUCAUGGACCAAGCUGUUUGUUGUCGGGCCUUAUAAUUGUUCGAUUGUCUGUCCUAUCUCAGUAGGGAACAAGAACCGUAUAUUCUUCAGGGAAGAAGAUCUUGAGCUAGGCUGGCUUGAUUUAAGUACCCAAAGGGUUGAAAGAAUUGAAGUUCAAGGCGAUUCAUUUUGUACGCACAUGGCAAUCUAUAAGGAGAAUCUUCUUCCUUUUCCAAGGAAUGAAUAAUUUCAGCUAGUGAUUCAUGAACUUUGUUCUUAGAUUUAGCAUUUUAUAUGAAGAUGAAUGUUAUGAAGUUAUCUAGAAACUGUGACUAAUUCCAGAGUUCUAUACUCCAUAA